GGUCAAAUUAAUAGAAGAAGUAAUAUAAAGGGGGCAAAAUGCAAUACACAUGAAGUAUUAAGAUUUUAUCCAUUACUUCACACAUGACGCCCUUCGUCUUUUUCCUUAUUCUUUCUCCUCUCAGAAGAGUUUACUUGUUCUGGAACCCUAAAUCUCGAAUCUGGUAACUCGGAUCCGAUAAAUCGUUCCAGAGAUCUGUUACUUCUCUAUUCAAGGAUCUGUUAUCGGUGCGAGGAUCUACGGAUUCUUCUGUUCGCGCAUAAUCGGAAAUGGCAGAUAACAAUUCACCACCUGGCUCUGUAGAACAGAAAGCAGAUCAAAUUGUUGAAGCUAAUCCAUUGGUGAAGGAUGAUACUUCGCUGGAAACCAUAGUUCGAAGGUUCCAGGAUUCAAUGUCAGAGGCAAAGACUCAUAAGUUCUGGGAGACUCAACCUGUUGGGCAGUUUAAGGAUAUUGGGGAUACGAGUUUGCCUGAAGGUCCGAUUGAGCCUGCAACUCCAUUAUCUGAGGUUAAGCAAGAGCCGUACAACCUUCCUUCUGUUUACGAGUGGACGACAUGUGAUAUGAACUCUGAUGAUAUGUGUUCAGAGGUAUACAACCUUCUCAAGAACAACUAUGUUGAGGAUGAUGAGAAUAUGUUCAGGUUCAAUUACUCCAAGGAGUUUCUAAGGUGGGCACUACGUCCACCGGGUUAUUACCAGAGCUGGCAUAUUGGAGUUCGAGCCAAGACUUCGAAGAAACUCGUUGCUUUCAUCAGCGGCGUGCCAGCAAGAAUCAGGGUGCGUGAUGAGGUUGUUAAAAUGGCAGAGAUCAAUUUCUUGUGUGUUCACAAGAAGCUCAGGUCUAAGAGGCUCGCUCCUGUCAUGAUCAAGGAGGUGACUAGAAGGGUUCACUUGGAGAACAUAUGGCAAGCAGCUUAUACUGCAGGAGUUAUCCUUCCUACACCAAUCACCACCUGUCAAUACUGGCACAGGUCAUUGAACCCGAAGAAGCUAAUUGAUGUUGGGUUUUCAAGGCUUGGUGCGAGAAUGACAAUGAGCAGAACCAUCAAACUCUACAAGUUACCAGAUGCACCGAUCACUCCUGGAUUCAGGAAAAUGGAACCACGCGAUGUCCCUGCUGUUACACGGUUGCUUAGGAACUACCUCAGCCAGUUUGGAGUCGCGACUGACUUUGAUGAGAAUGAUGUCGAGCAUUGGCUACUCCCAAGAGAAGAUGUCGUGGACAGUUACCUAGUAGAAAGCCCUGAAACUCACGAUGUCACUGACUUCUGCAGCUUCUACACUCUCCCUUCAACCAUCCUCGGUAACCCGAACUACACUACAUUGAAAGCUGCGUAUUCUUACUACAAUGUGGCCACACAGACCUCGUUUCUUCAGCUGAUGAAUGAUGCGCUAAUUGUCUCAAAGCAAAAGGGUUUCGAUGUGUUCAACGCGUUGGAUGUGAUGCACAAUGAGAGUUUCUUGAAAGAACUGAAGUUUGGGCCAGGAGAUGGACAACUUCAUUACUAUCUCUACAAUUACCGUUUGAAAAGUGCCUUGAAGCCAGCGGAACUCGGGCUUGUUCUCUUAUAAGCUCAACAACUUGAUUUGAUGGUAUCAACAAACUUGAAAUUUGUCUCUCUUUUUUUUUCUUCAGUCUGAACUACUUCUCCCAUGGUUUACUGAAACUGAGUUUAAUUAUUUUGGCAAUGCAAUUUUGGAUUUUGCUUUUAGUUUCACUUGUGUUCUCUGAGAGAGUUGACCCUGAGAAGUAAAGUCAACACUAGACGUGUGCGAGUUUCAAUGGACUGCAUUUUUAGGUCCAAGAAGUAGCUACGGCCCAUCUAUCGUAGAAGUUGUUUUUUGUACUAAAGCCUGUUAUAGCCGAACUAGGUCGCUACGUUUCCUAACUUGUCGUUUAUUAGGCUACUUUUAAAUCGCACGCACCAAUCCAGUUCUUACACGCGUUUUCACAAAAAGGACCUUACAUGGGUUGUUCCCCCAAUAAGAAAAUUACACGUUGCAGAAUCG